UCACUCAUUACUUGAACCUGCAUCCCUCUGACUCAAAACAAGCUCCGAUAUCCCUCCUUCAGUCCUCCUACUAUCACCAAAGCCAGCAGCCCUCCUCACUAAAAAUACCAGACCACAUUCUUAUCCGCGCGCACACAAAGAAGAUUAUUAUAAUCAACCCCCAAAGUUUAAAGCAGUCCCUGCCAUCUAUCAGUUCUCCUCCUCUCCCGCCUCUCAGUUAAGAAACAUCUAAAUCAAUCAGCAUGGCACAAGCACCGGUCUCAAUGGCCAAAGCUCUCGAAGGCCUCACAGGACCUUUCGUGGUCGGAACCGCCGUCAGCACAUUUUUGUUCGGUAUCACACUGGCUCAAGUUUACACCUACUUCUCAAACUUCAAAACCGAUCGGCCCAUUCACCGCUACUCGGUUAUUGGACUGUUCAUUCUGGACGUACUGCACACUGCCUUCAGUCAAGUCACACUUUGGCAAUGGUUUGUUGCUCAUUACGGAGAUCCUACGGCAGUGGUCAAGGCGCCGUGGUCGUUCGCCAUGAGUCCGGUGAUGUGCGGACUAGCUGCCUUCGUUGUCCAAAUCUUCUAUGCCCAUCGGGUUUAUCUACUUUCCAACCAACGGAUGGUGAUUCCUGGAUUCAUCGCUUUCGGGGCAUUCUUCCAAUUGGUCUGGGCCUCCGGAGCCACCGCCAAAGUUUUCCAGAUCCAGUACUUCCAAGGAUUCCAAGUGUGGACCUACGGGGUUGCUUGUUGGCUCGGAGGCGCCGCCGCUACCGACUUAGUCAUCACCGCUAGUUUGGUUUGGAUCUUGUUGAGCUCAAAGCGUGGAAUUCGCCGAACCAAUAACAUUAUCGAUCGCCUGAUAUCUCUGACCAUCGAAACCAAUGGCCUUACUUUCACAGUCGCCGUGUUAGAUUUGGUUCUUUUUGCAGCUUUCAAGGAUGCUUCGCACGUCGGACCUCAUUUGUGCCUCGUUAAGCUGUACAUCAACUCAUUUUUGGUCACCCUGAACUCGAGAGAGAAGCUCGCCGAGGAAUUCGGUGGUUCCAGAACUAUCCACACCUCCGCACCGAGAAACGGACCUGGGAAUACCGAAGCAUCUAAACUUUCAUGCACACUGGCACCCAGCCACCUCCAGACCGAGUCCUUAUCCAACGAAAAGGCAAACGCCAUGUACGAUGCACCAGACGGUAUCCGAGUCUGCACAACCGCCACUCUCAGCGCUAACUUGAUGUCCAGUGACCCCGAGCUUUCUCAGACUGGCUACAACGUCGGGUCGAUGCGUCCGGACCAAUCGAACGGGUUCACCUCGGACAUCGUUGGCGGUGCCGAUCAACACAAGCAUUACAACGACAUGAGGGAGAAAAACAUGGUCUAAACCCCGUGACCCUAGUCCACCUAUCUCAUAUCUCUUCACUAGGCAUCAUCAGUAUCAGAUCUCGUUCCCUCAGCAUCCCCACGCCCUUCUCUCUUUUUUGGACAUUGUCAAAGUAGUGUAUAAGUAGCCAACCCCUCAAAAAAAAACAUCUGUUCAUCUAUGUAUAGUACGUGUAUUGGUCAAGCAAUCUGUUUGAAUCCAUUCUCUCUUCCAAACCAAGCACCAUAUGCAGCCAUUUUUUCAUUUUCUGAACAAAAAUUGUUCCAUCUGUCCUCCCCUAUGCAUCUCUUUCACUUCGUUCUCUCUUCUCUCUCUCUCUGCAAAAAAAAACUGUAUGUCUAACUAUGUACUCCCUUCUCUCUUUAUCAAGGUCUUGUUUGUG